UAUGCGUGAGCACUUAGCACCGACAACUUCUCAUGUUCCACAUCUCAGUUUCUUCUGAUGCGAUGAAACAACACACCAGUGCACAGAUAAUGUAACAGUGAACUGGGGUCGACCCGACAACAAAGUAGGGUCAUAUCACAAUUUGAACAAGAACCAAGAAAUCAUUCUUGAAGCACUUUAAUAGGUCAAGUCAUUGUAAAGCAUGGCCCCCGCGGCGACGGCAAAUGCCAUAUUGGGCAUAAUUGGCAUCAUUAUGUUGAUCCUCCUUGUGAUAUUUGUCAUUUGCUUGAUACGGUGUUAUUGUAAGGAAGGAACAACACCAGGUCGCGAGGAAAAAGUCAUUCCCGUCAGACACUCACAAGAAUUGAACGGCGAGGACAACCGGUCCAAGGUGCAUCAGUGGAUCUCAACGACACAUCUUAAGGGACUCUCUUUAAAGGUUCCUCUAAAUGCCUUGCAAAACUACAUUGGUCGUAAGAAGUAUUUCAAGUCAGAAGGAGUGAUGGAGACAGCAUAUCACGUCCCCAGGGACUUCUCUCCCUCGGGGCAAAGCAUGCUGGGAGCACAUUGGGACGACGACGUCAUUGAUUCAGAGAGAAACGUCAAAGUCAUCGUACAAGAAGUCGCUGUACAGCCGAAUAUUCAAGUUCCAGUCGAUUCGAAUUAUAGUCCAGCACUUGGAUUAUCCCCGAGGAUUUACAAGCACACAACCACAGACAUGUUUGCGGACGAAUAUCCUAGAGUGAUGGGCAAACUUGGCUUCAGCCUUGAAUACAACAGGUUUGAGGAAAAACUCAAUGUAACAAUCAUAGGAACAAAGAACCUACCUCUGUCAAAAGGUAAUCAGAAAGAAGCUGCAGGCACUUUUGUCAGUGUAGUACUCCUACCGAACGUUGGACGUCGCUUUGGAACCAAAGUGCACAGAAACACGGUCAAUCCGCAAUUCUCAGAGACGACGUCAUUUCCGGUUCCUGCAAGCGAGCUGAGGGAUGUGACGUUAAAGUUGAACAUUGUCCGCCUAGACGUCUAUUCCAAGCCGACUGUGAUUGGCCAAGUGACUUACCCAUUUCGAGACCUGUUCCUGGGAAAGCUGCCACAUGGCGCGGUAUGGGAGGAUAUUCAACCAUGUGGAAAGAAAGCGUGUGAGGAAGAGAAGAGCGAAGUCCUUGUCUGUCUGCAGUACGACUCCAUCCGCCAGGUGCUGACCGUGGAGCUGGUGCAGGCGCGGAACGCCAACCCCGCCCUGUUCCUGCACCUGCCGCCCAGCUGCGCAGCUGUGUCACAGACAGACGUGCUCCUAAGCGGACGGAUAUCUCUGGUGAGAGGGAACCACAUACUAGGAUCACACCGGACCGCCACCCAGCGAGGCAGCUUCGACCCCGUCUUCAAGGAGAACUUCGCAUUUGACGUGUCGCUCUGGGGAGUCAACCAGGUUGGCUUGAUCAUCUCUGUCUGCCAGCGGCUGGACCUACACACUGAGAUGUUAGGAAAGGUCACUCUGGGGUCACACGUGGGACGGAACAUCUCGGAAAUCCUGGAGAUCUCUUCUGGUACGCCACAGUGGUACCCGUUGGACUAGUACAGACGAGAAGAUAUCGUCAUGCAACAAAAGACAAUGUGAAAUUUCUUGAGGAAAGUGCAGUUGCAAUAGCAGUCAUGAUUAUAUUGGCAUUGAGUGAAAAAAGACGAUCCUUUUUGCAGAAAAAAAGUGUCGUAAAUGAUAUAUGACGUGUUAUAUGUCAACAUAUUAGAAAGCAGACAAAACACAAAGUCAAUUUGUUGCAUUAAACAGUUAGCUGUCAUAAUUGUAUUGAAGUAUGAGAGCAUGCAUAGGAUGUCUAUUCAUAGUGCGUUUGAUGUUGAGUCUGAAAACGGGUACUAGUAUAUCGUAGGAAAAGCUACAUAGAUCACACGUGCAGGGUUAAGCACAUGAUACGAACCCGAGUAAAAAUGGUAAAAAGUGCAAUACUUAGAUUGAAGUAUGAAGCACACAUUGGAUUGUUGCAUCACAACUAGCAAUAAAAUCGGUGGAUUAAUUAUGUGA